AUGUUGGUACGAAUCGGACACCUGAGCGGGCGGGGGACGGGCGAAGGUGUUAUCAGCGCGGCCAUGCCGCUUCGUGCGAAAUCAGUGCUUCAACGCAUCCACGACCGCGGUAUCGACCGUUCGAAUCCGAUCAACGGUGGUGACGACAAAAAAUUGUCGGUCAGUAAACACGGCCGUCGGCGACCGCAAACGAGCGUGAACAUGUCUCGGGUGCGAUAUUGGAAUAACUUCACUCCCGAC